AUGGUAGAUGAAACAGCAGAAUUGAGUGUAAAGUAUUGGGGCAACACAGAGAUGGCAGUUAAAUCUGCCCGGAGAAAUCGCAGUGAAGGUGACAUGAGCUGUAGCGAGGACGGAGUCAGGGGGAUUUCUACACACUCAGUCUCAGAAGCUGCCGGAACCAAGAUCGAGGCCGUUCCGUCAGUGUUUUCAGACGCGGCAAAGGUAGAGCGAAGGGGGGCGUGGCGCCCAGGUUUCGCGGGUGCUUGGAACGAUCUUCAGCUGGCACAAUUACAGGCCUCAAAACAGCAAAGGAUGAACCGAGUUCUUGGAAAGGUGCUGUGUUUGCGGAAUGACACCAUUUUUAAGCAAGCCUUUUCCCUCUUGAGGUUCAGAACUUCAGGAGAGAAUCCCAUCUGUUCUGCAGGUGGCAUUCUGCUGAGUACCAGUCGGCACUACAGGUCACAGCCCACACAUGGCAUUGGAAGAUACAAGCACCUAGUUAAAGCACAAGAGCCCAAGAAGAAGAGGGGAAAAGUGGAAAUCACACCCAUUAAUUUGGGGACAGAUUAUGAAUAUGGAGUUUUAAACAUUCACCUAACUGCAUAUGACAUGGUCCUGGCAGAGAGUUAUGCCCAAUAUGUUCACAACCUCUGCAACCAUCUCUCCAUUAAAGUCGAGGAAAGUUAUGCGAUGCCUACCAAAACCAUGGAGGUGUUGCAGCUGCAGGACCAAGGCAGCAAAAUGUUCCUGGACUCAGUUCUUACCACCCAUGAGCGAGUGGUUCAGAUCAGCGGUUUGAGUACUACGUUUGCACAAAUUUUCUUGGAAAUAAUCCAAAGCAAUCUUCCUGAAGGAGUCAACUUGUCAGUGAGGGAGCACACUGAAGAAGAUUUCAAGGGAAGGUUCAAAGCUCGGCCAGAACUGGAAGAACUGGUAGCCAAGUUGAACUAGCUCAUUGCAGACCCUUUCAUGCCAGCACUGGUGAUAUUGAGUGGCAAGGGGAAGAGCUUCCUGGGUGGCCAAAGUUAAGCAAGAGACCCUGAGCCUUGACAUCAUCAGUACCCAUCUCCACAGCCAGGAGUGCCUCCUCUCCUCUGUGGAGGAGUGCUUGCCAAUUGUCACCACUUUCCUUUGAACCAGCCCUAGGUAUCCUUCACCUAAUAAAAAUCUGCUGGUG